CUCACGAUCCACGGCAUACCUGAAAGGCCGGUGCCACCCGAGGACCAAAAGGAGAAGGAGAUCCGCACGGCUAGCAGAGACACCGGGCAUCGCCGGAGACUGACAACUCCACACCAGCCCGUCCAGCCAGUUACCUAGACGGCGUCAGGAGCGGUGAUGCCAUAGAGGUCAUGCAUUUGGUGGUGAAGUCAUCUUCUAUUGGCACAGGACAGACACCAUAUUAAGAAAAGACAUCAAAGAGGACAACAUGCCUACAAGAAGAGAAAAACCACCAAACACAACUCUGAAGCGAACCUGUGCGCCCAUUCUACCUGGCUUGUGUUUCGUUUUUCUCUUCAGCGACAAAAAAGAGUUCAAGUUCUCAAAGCUCUUUCUAGGAGCCACUAUCGGAUCCAUCCUAGGACUUGGUUUCCACUUCUUGCUUGUGCAACCUUUAAAUCUGCAAGAGGAACAGAAGAUAAACAUCAUGUAUGGGGUAUCAGGGACAUUUGCUUUUGGAUGGGCGAUCUCUUCUUACUUCCGCUGCUCCACAGUUCUUCUUAUUUCAAACCUACUGGGAAAGGAGGGACGGACAUUCCUAACCAUUGCUUUGAUGGCCUCGAUCUCGGCAGGACCGGUUGGAAAUAUGCAGCGUAAUUUUGAAGAAAUUGCUAAAUCUCUGAGCUGCACUGUGGGCCAACAGAUAAACUACACUAAAAUCAUCUGGAAACAUAGGACUCAGCCCUUGAGGAAAAUCCUCACAGAUCUUGUGGGAGUUUCUAAGGAGAUUACAAAUAGAAGCAGUAACCUCUUAUCCCUGUUUAAAAAUAUGGACAGCGAGGUGGAGAGCACUGAGGGCUACAACAAGGAAAAGGAGGAAGAGUUGCUGAAACAACAAAAUAUUAAGUCUACUCAGAAGAAGGUUGAGUUGAAGACCAUGCUGCGUUGUGAGUAUGUUGUUGAUCUCGGCAUCAACAAAUGUAAAGAUUGGUUUGCUCAGAAGCAUGAAGAAUGCAUGCGUGCCAUCUGGCUUCCUGUCCUGAACAGUUUGCUGUGUCUACCCAUGAAAUUAUCGGUUUUCUGCAACGUCAUGUACUUGGUCAACAAAUGGUGCAAAAAUAGACUGCCAAUGGGAGGAAACUUCGGUCCAGCCUACGACUUGCUUAAUACAUCAAUUAACAGUCUGGGUAAAGACUUCACUGCCACCAUGGUCAUGAGGAAAGAAGAGCAGAACACGUUAUUUGGAACAAAUAUCUCUCAGCUCUCAAUGACUGAGGAAGUUGUGGAAACCUUGAAGAAGAAGCAUGUGUGGGUGCUGCGGAAGAUGGCCUACAUCCACACCAUCAUGUCCUGCAUGUUCAUCUUCCUAUUUAUCUCUGUUUUCAGCUACACCAUCAAAUAUAACACCAACAUCUCCUUUGACAACUUCUAUAUUACCACUUACUUCAGGCAAAUUGAUGCUCGCAGGAAAGAACUGAAUAAGAAGCAUUUAUUGCCAAUGCCAAAGGUGCAAAAGGAGGAAUGUGUUUUUCCAUGGAAUUUUUGUGUGCAGAAACUUGAGAUUCGGAGCAUGAUGAUGGAGGUCCUGCAGUGCACCCCCUUCAUCGUUGUCUUCUUUUUGACUAUGGGCAUCGACCGAUUAUUUAUCCACAGCUUCCAGUUUAUCCACAGACACUUCAAUGUCACCUAUAUAUUGCCCAUUAACCGCAAGCUCCAUAUAGUAGUGGGAGGUGACACUUUUCUUGCCCGUCUUCUGCGGCAUACCGUUGAAGCAUUUAACAGCACACCCAGUGCUUUAGAGCUUGGCAACAACCAAAUCUGCCUCCCAAACCCAUCGAUCAUGAGCUUCACCCAGCACCUGGAGACCACUGGUCUGACAGUCCUGCUCCUGGCAUUGUGUUUAUGUCAAAUAUAUGCCAACCGUCUACGCAGAGUGAUUGCUUCCUUCUUCUUUCCAAAAAGAGAGAAAUGCCGGACGCUCUAUCUUUACAACCAUCAUCUGUUGAAGAAGAGGUUUUACUUCAACAAAAUACGCUGGAAGACCAUGAUGAAGUGCAAAAACAGACAGAUAUGGGAGAAGAGCUUUUGGGGCAAAUUUCAUAAAAACUGCCGCUGGACAAGAUUUAUGUUUUCUUGGCGCUGCUUUGUCUGUGGAGCUAGAAGAACUAAAAACUCGUAUGAGUGCCCGGAAUGCUCCACUGUAUAUUGCUAUCAGUGCUGGAGUGACCUGAAUGAGACCUGUUGGGCCUGUGUCCCAUAUAAGCAAUACAAGAUGAAGAGCGGCAAUGACAUAUAUGACAUGAUAUGAUGAGCUUUAUUUCCUCUGUCUAAUAAAAAUACAUACCUAGAA